UCCAUUCCAAACAAAAUGCUUCCGAUUCACUGCUUUGAAAACACCCCAAAACCUCAUCCUUUUGGCAUUACUACCAAACUGUGAGUGCUGUUAUCUUUUGUGCAGGUAUUUUAACCAUGGAAACCUACUCUGCCUCAGUCCCACCUGUCAUAUGUAACAGCACAACUUUCAACCUCAACGGAUCGCAUCUGUGUAACGAGAGCCUGUCUUCUAGAUUAGCAGAUAAAUCAGAACACCAACAGUACAUUAUUGGGCUUUUCUUAUCGUGUCUUUACACAAUAUUCCUUUUUCCCAUCGGUUUUGUAGGAAACAUUCUGAUUCUGGUGGUGAACAUAAGCUUUCGUGAGAAGAUGACUAUCCCAGACCUUUACUUCAUCAACCUCGCGGUGGCCGACCUCAUUUUAGUUGCUGAUUCUCUCAUUGAGGUUUUUAAUCUUGACGAAAAGUAUUACGAUAUCACUAUCAUAUGCACCUUUAUGUCUCUGUUCCUUCAGAUCAACAUGUACAGCAGCAUUUUCUUUCUGACGUGGAUGAGUUUUGACAGAUACAUAGCACUGGCAAAAGUAAUGAGGUCCAACCUAUUUCGCACUAUGCAACACGCCAGGUUGAGCUGUGGUCUCAUAUGGAUGGCAUCCAUUUCUGCAGCACUGGUGCCAUUCACGGCUGUGCACUUACAACACACCGGAGAGGUCUACUUUUGUUUCGCAGACGUAAAAGAAAUCCAGUGGCUAGAAAUAACCCUGGGGUUUAUCAUCCCCUUUGUGAUCAUCGGCCUUUGUUACUCAUUAAUCGUUCGAGUCCUUAUAAAAGCACACAAGCACAGGAGCCUUCGCCUCCGCCGACAGAAGGCUCUUCGAAUGAUAUUCGUUGUGGUCCUGGUUUUCUUUAUCUGCUGGCUCCCUGAAAACGUCUUCAUUAGCGUCCAGCUCCUGCAAAAGAAAAGUGAGCCCUCCUCGUCCAGCAGCCCGUCCUUCAGACACGACUACCCUCUCACAGGACACAUUGUGAACCUGGCAGCUUUCUCCAACAGCUGUUUGAACCCUUUAAUUUACAGUUUCCUAGGGGAAACCUUCAGAGACAAACUGCGGCUGUACAUUGAACAGAAAACCAAGAUGUCCACGUUACAUCGGUUCUGCCAGGCUGCCCUGACGUCUGUCAUCCCCGACAGUAAUGAGCAAUCCGAGGUCUGAUUUAGGGCUGUUGUGCAGAACGUCUGACUGUGAAGCUGUGCAAAUAGUGAACAAAAUGCUUACUACUAACAGCAAGAAGCGUGCCUGCCUGUGUAUAUAUUGCACUGCUCUACUGAGCGUGGAAGGUUUAUGUUCAGAAUGUUUUUAUGACAACUUUAAUGUAGAGGAAUAUGCUAUAGUCAGAUUUAUAUUUAAUUAAGAGCAGGAUUAUUAAAAGCUGAGCACUGGAGGAGCUUUAUUUUAUAUAAUACAUGCAUGAAUGAUAAUAUAGAAGAAAAUUUUAUCAAGCUAGGAAGACUCCAGAUGUAACUUGAUUAUCGGAGAUGUUGUUUUGCUGGUGUAUAGAAGGCACUUCCACUUAAACAACCAAACUGCAGUAAGAGUGGGGAAAAAUCAUUACAACACAUUGAUGUGGAGAUGCAGAAAACAGUUUGAUUUUUACCCAAAUGUGUUAAGUUAAAUGGCUUUGCUUUUGAGAACUAUAUAGUAUUAUCAUCAUUGUAUUCCAGCAUGUCUUCCACAAUUAACUUUUUCUGAUCUUAAUACAAUCUAGAAUGGUGAUGAGCUUUCGUCUCAUAAGUCUGAUCUGCUGUUUACAUCAGCGCUUGAUCAAAGCUGUAAUCAUCUGUCACUGUAUGGUUCAUCUCAAAGAACUCAACUGCAGUGAAAUGUAAUGCUGUGCUCUUCUGAGGAUUCCCCAGGACAGCAUUUCUCAGGAUGGAUAUAAAUGGGCCUUUUGUCAAAAAUGCAAGCACAUAUAUGUGCACCCAUAUCUCCCUUCAGACUCAAACAGAAGUCAUGUAAGAUCUGUCUCCACUUAGCAGACCCAUUCAGAUGGUAGAACAACAUCCUGUGGCUUUAAAGCAGUCACAUUCUGCAAAAGACUGCCAAGAAUUGCUUACAAAAAUGAAAAAGCCUCUUUUUUUUUCUCUUUUUUUUCUUUUUAAAGAAGAACUUCUGCAAAGGUGAACAUAUCAGAUCUGCACUUGGUGCCCUGCCCACCCCACCCCCAGAAAGCACAGGUCUUGGGAACCUUACAAUGCACGUUGGUUGCUCUGUCCAUUUGAAGACAAACGAUGCUAAGAAAACAAACGUUAGCUAGAAAACAACAGCUUCUAAUUUCUUUUAGAAAAGAACUGGCUUUUAAAUCUGGAUGACGCUUAGCGCAGGUUACUGCUGAACUUCCCCAGAGGAAGCCAUAAAGUUCCUAGAGAUUUGUGCACAAGGUCAUUAAACCGUCACACACUGCAGCUGUGAAAUACACAAACUAAUUCCACCUCUGUGCUCACCACGUCGAGCACCAGAACUCCAGAGAAUGCGACGAUCUGCCCCACUUUCAAACAUCGCAAAUGAGCCAAUUAGCACACUAAAGGAGUUUUAAAAUGCAGACACUUAAAACCAUGAGUAGAGUAUUAAGCAACAAAGGAAAUGGCGAUUGCACUCAUAUUUCUCACAAAAUAGUCAUUUUGAUAGUGAAGCUGCAGCCACAAAAGGUUUGACCUGUGAGCAGAGGCCCCAAGAUGAUGCUGCAUUGGAACUAGCUGGAUGUUCCUGAAACAACGAAAUAGGAACAGCACAGAGGAGUUUGCCCAACAGCUGACCACUUCCAAGGGACUGUUAAUCAUCAGCUAAGGAGAAAUUCCCAUUUACUCCCAUCUUUCUGGUAGAACACUAAUUAUAUUUUCUCUUUGAAAGAUACAAGCACUGCCAUGCCUUCUCUGUACGGAAGCUUCUUGACAACACAGAGCAGCAAAUCUCAUGCUGCUCCAAAUGAUACAUAUGUCCAUUUUCCCUCAUUAAUUUCACCUUUGGAAUUAACAACAAUCAUCCCAGUCCCAGACAGACACCCCUGUGACAGACAGCUCUUUCAAACAGCACAAACAAAGGAACAGAUCACACUUCCAGCAAUGCAUUUCCAUCGAGCCCCAGCACAGCAUACCAGCUGUGGGUAAUCCCAGCACUUUCCACGAAUAAACCAACUUCUCUUAGGUUGCAGCAGUACAGUUUCCAGAACAGAAUUCCUCCAUCCAACAUCCCAUUAUAUGGCUAAAAGCACAUUGCACACCUGAGCUACCAGAGGAGCUUCCUGCUGCUGGUAUUUUGGUUCAGGUUUACGAGCGGUACCUGAAAUGACUAAAUUUAAACAUGCUAUUGUAAAUAAAUGACAAGUGUUGUCCCAGGUGAAAAAAUGACAUCUCUUCACAGAAGCUCGUGGUGUUUUUUUCCUCUAAUGUGUAAUUCAAUCACACAAAGUUGCUUUCACUGCAUCCUUUCAGCAGUUUGACAUUUACUACAUGGUGAUUGUGCAGGCAUGAAAAGCAGAGACGGUCAGUCUCGAGAUGAAGUCUGUUUAAUUUGUGAAAAGCAUUGAUGAUGUGAAUGUGGCGAGGAAUUUGAGUCAGUGGGUCAAACAACCCCAGAUCCUGCAUGGGACAGACGAGAUGCAGAGAAUAACAGCCCCUUCCUUUCCCCUUCUGGUCCACACAAAAACCAAAGGCUCGCAUCCAAAAACGCUUCACCCAUCCAUUCCAAAAGGGAACAGCUGCUACAGAGCAAAUUCAGAAAGCAAAAAGCAGAAAUCUUGAAACACAAACGUCUUCAACAUUGCUUCUAUCAACUGGAAAAAAUACCACCUCUUCUUACAUUGCCCUAAUGUCACCAAUUGCUGUAGUUCAUCAGCUGUUCAUUAACACUGCAAAAGGGAGGAGGUUACCUGGAUAACUCUGAGCGGUUAGGACCUUUGCUUUCUAUGUGAAAAUGUGGUUUACAGGAGGUGAAAGUAUACAGAAUUCAACCUUGAGCAUGAUUUAAUUCCAUUUGAACUUGUUUCUACACAAAAAGGAGAAACAGAUGCACACACAGAAGGCAGGUUUGAAUGUUAAUAGUUAUUCAUGAAAACGGAUCAAUGAAUUUACUUCAUUUUGCUUGAAAACAGGGGUGUGAUUUGAAUUGAGGGGACUCUGCCCUUCCCUUCCGAUCCAAAAGCCUCUCCCCGCUCAUUCAGAACACUGCACAGAUGUUUGGGACUUCCAACACAGAAGAGCACAGAGCUAAAUUCAUGGCUGAAUUCAAUCAAUCAAAUUAUCUCUUUGCAACAAGUUUACUCUCAUGUUACCAAUUACUCUUACAGCAGCCCAUCACUACACAGCCAGACACAGACAUUUCUCGUUCAGACUGUUUAGAUUAAGCUAUUAUUAUUAUUAUUACAUUCUGUUUAUUAAGCACAUCUCCAAUAAACAUUUCCACCUCAGAAAUGCAUUUUAUCUU